CCUCCCUCCGUUCCCAUUGCCGGGCCGCCGGCCACACUGCAAUCUGCACCAUUUUGUUUUCCCCUUUUCCUUCUUCUCCAUAUCUCCCUCUCUUCUACAACCCGAACACUCGCCGGCACGCCCUCCUAAGCCCGUUUCUUCCUUCUCUCCCUAUCUCCCUCUCUGCUGCAACCGCGCCGGUGCGCCUGCCCACAGCAUUCUCCUGCUCGUCGCUAAGCAGCUGGGCCCCGUUGGCGGGAACUUCAGCUGGCAGCUAGCCGUCGAACCUUAUACAGCACCCCCGACGGAAGCAACUCUCUCAAUAUUAAAUUCCUUCUGCUCACUCUCACCAUCUUUCCUUAACAUUGCAGCACAUCCACCCUCUCUUCCUUCCAAAAAUCUGAAGAAAAACAGAAGGAAUACAGAAGCGCGCAGCAGUGCUGGCUCUGUGUGAAGGAAAUUUUCGGCAGCAUGUGGAACUGGGGGAACGGCAAUGGAAUGAAGAAACGGCAAAUGAUCGCGCUGGAAUAGAAUCCAGUUUAAACGUGUAGUUGGCUGUUUUGCUCUUUUCGUUUUGGUUCUGAGAAGAAUUUCACUUCCGAGUUCGAAUACGGAUUUAGAGAUUAAUUCUUAGUGCUUUUACAUGGAGGAUCAGAGCUGUAGGAGUGGUAAUCGUAGCGAACACCAGUGGAGAGCUGAGGAAGAGAUUGCUGGAAACUCCGAUGCCCUUAAAGCACUGAGAGAACUGAUCAUUUUCCCACUACUAUUCUCCCAGGAAGCUCAAAAAAUUGGUCUAAGAUGGCCUCGAGGAUUGCUUCUAUACGGACCCCCUGGCACUGGCAAGACGAGCUUAGUACGUGCAAUUGUUCAGGAAUGCGGUGCUCAUUUAACCACUAUCAGUCCCCAUUCAGUUCACAGAGCACAUGCUGGAGAAAGCGAAAAAGUUCUGCGCGAGGCUUUCUCCAAGGCAUCAUCUCAUGCAAUAUCAGGGAAGCCAUCAGUUAUCUUUAUAGAUGAAAUUGAUGCACUUUGUCCACGUCGGGAUUCUAGGUAAUGAAAACUGAUAACGUU